CUUGGUGAAAUGCUGUCUGAUUAUCAGCAAUAUAAUGUCUCUCUGCAGAAAUUUUUAGACUGACUUUCUUUUUUUAUAUAUAAAAGGAUAAAACCCUCCGGCGACUUCCCUCUUCCUCUCUGUUAUGCCGCCGCCGUCCGCCGCCAUUUCCAGAUUCUGCUCGGAUCCCGCGCGACCUGGUCACCGUGAAGGUAAAAUUCCGUUCCCCUGUUGCCGACUUCCGGUUCCCCUCAUUCUCGAUCUCCGUUCCGUCCUUAAACUGAUUUCGAUUUGUUUAGCGAAAAUAAAAAAUUGGUUCAGUUAUGUGAUUUGUCGUGCUGCCUUCGUGCAUUAAUUUACCUGUUGAAUGUGGAUUAAGUCGAGCUGCCAUUUUGAUUCUGUUUUUUCCUCAUACCCGAUCCUGUGAAAUUGGGAAUGCCCUUCUUUCUGUCUUUCUUUCUUUUUCUUUUUCUUUUUUUUUUUUUGAGCAAAUUAAAAUCGAGGCUUGUGUAAAUUGUAAUUGGACAGUAAGCCCUUUAAAUUGCAAUCUUAAGUGGGCCGUAGUAAUGGAGGUUCUAUUUUAAAGUUAAAUAGUUGUAUUUUAUUUCAAUUGUGUUUUGGAAAAAGGAGUAUUUUGUUUCAUUACUAUUUACAGAUUGCGAAUCUCCGAUCAAGUAUUACUAUUAGAGAUCCCUAUGGUUUUUAUCAAAAAAAAAAAAAAAAGGAAAAGAGAUCACGAUCAAACAUCAUUAUAGCGUAAAUUAUAAAUCUAAUUAUACCAGUUGCAAGAAAACUAGAUUUUGAUUGUUGAGACGUCCAUAAUUACCUACUAAACUAGUUUUAUAAUCUACAUUAUAGAAUUUGAUGCUAAAAGAAAAACAAAAUAAUAAGAUUAUUAGACUUUGAGAAAAAUUAAGUUAGACCUAGAGCCAAGUAAUUAAAUUCCGUUAAUAAAAUAUACAGACUACUUCCUUUGUCCCAUAAUUAUUGUCCAGUUUGAGUUUUCAUUUCUAGUUCAAAUUGUACUAAAAGUGAAAUCUCAAACUGAACAAUAAUUUUGGGACAGAAGGAGUAUAUCAUUUUUUUUAUCAACUAUGGUUUCAUGUCAUCCAAUCAUUUUUUUAUCACUUGAAGUAGGAUUAGAUAUCACUUUUAGAAAACCCAGAAUAUUAUAAGAAGGAAAAGAAAUGUUGGAGGGAAAACGUAGAUUCAUUUGGAGGGAAAAACACAUUUUGACAUUACGCGGGAGAGAAUGAAUUUUUUUAAGAGGGAAUGUGGAUUUGAAAUUAUUGUCUUCAGGUUUACUUACCACUUCCUCUUUCUUCAUUAUUUCCAGCUUACUCUUGAUUUUCGUCUGCCCCAUACGAUCACCCUCCACCAACCUUGCCGACGAAGUAGUAGAGUUUACCCCUUUACUUCUCGGUAUCAUUGCCACCCCCACCUUUGACAUCACCGGCAGCCACCAAGUUCCGGUGGCGUCGGUGAAGAGAGAUUUGACCAAGGAAAAAGCAGAUCGUCAAGUAUAAAAUAAAGAAAAAGAAGUCCCCACUAUAGUUUUGCUUCCAAAUCUUACCAGCAAACGCAACUAUGAAAUUCAAAAUUGGGGAAGAAGUGGAGGUUUCAAUCCAGGAUGAAGGCUUCGAGAAUUCCUAUUACGAAGCCACGAUCAUCUCGAAAGAAAAAGGGUCGUCGAAAUAUCAAGUGAGGUACAAGACGCUGCUGAAUGGUGAUGAGUCGGGACCUAUGGAAGAGGUUGUGAAUGCCGAUCAGCUCCGCCCGUUGCCGCCUCAAGUUCCGGUGAUCGGCUUCAGCCUGUAUGAAGCCGCUGAUGUUUACGAGCACGAUGGCUGGUGGGGCGGAAUUAUUUACGGGAAAUUCCAGUCGGAAUACUUCCUGUUUCACCCCGCAACCGGAGAAGAGAAGCCGUAUCCGUUUGACAAGUUCCGGGUUCAUCACGAAUGGAGGGAUGAUAAGUGGAUUUGUCACAAGGCAGGAAUUGUUUCAAAUCCAGAAGAGGUGAAAAACAAACAAGAAGGAACAACCUCCAGAGUUUCCAAGAGAAGAAGGAUCAAAUCUCAAGCUGAUGAUGACAAAACAGGGGAAUAGUACUAUUAUAAGGAUAAGUUUCUUCAUAAUUUGGGCUAUAUGUGGACAGCAAGAAAUGACAAAAAUUUGGAAUGGAGCAGAACAACAUCCCUUGAAGACUCUAAUAUGGGCAGAGGAUGAGGAGACAGACAUUUUCAGCAAAGUUUUACUUCAUGGGAUUUAUUCAUUGGAGUGGAUGGAGCUUUCAGAGCAAACAAAGAUGGAAAUCUGAAUGUAUCUGGUUCACAAUCUUUCUACUCCAACUCAGGGCAUGUUUUGGAAGGAUUAAAAUAGGCAGCCAAACUUUUGGGUUAAUAAUAAAAUGUCAAUUACUGAGCUUCCUAAUUCCCCCAUCAAAAUCAAUAACAUAGCUAAGGAUGUUAUCUUGUUUUUGUCGCUAUUAUCAGGUAGAAUAGUGUAUCCAAAGCGAGUAGAAAUGUGGUUGAAGAUGCUCAUGAUAAGGCAAAGGCAACUCUAGAGUUGGCCGACUUGUAAUCCCUCUUUAUAAAUUAAUAUGGAAUCGUGUUUAUCAAAAGAA